CAACUUCCCAAGCAGCUCGCCUAUUUCCACAAGAAAGAAGCUCGCAUAGUAUUAGCAUCAAUAUAUGGCCGCCUCAUCGUCCUCGAUCCUCCUGCUUUUCCUCGCCGCCACCUUGAUGGCCAGCGGCACUCACGCGGCGACCUUCACCAUCAAGAACAACUGCGGGUUCACGGUGUGGCCGGCGGCGACCCCAGUCGGCGGGGGCACGCAGCUGAACUCAGGCGGGACGUGGACGAUCAACGUGCCGGCCGGCACCAGCUCCGGCCGCGUCUGGGGCCGCACGGGCUGCUCCUUCAACGGCAACAGCGGGAGCUGCCAGACGGGCGACUGCGGCGGCGCGCUCGCCUGCACCCUCUCCGGCAAGCCUCCGCUGACGCUGGCCGAGUUCACGAUCGGCGGCAGCCAGGACUUCUACGACAUCUCGGUCAUCGACGGCUUCAACAUCGGCAUGGCCUUCUCCUGCAGCACCGGCGUCGGGCUGGUGUGCAGGGACUCGAGCUGCCCUGACGCAUACCACAAUCCUCCCGACAGGAAGACCCAUGCCUGCGGCGGCAACAGCAACUACCAGGUCACCUUCUGCCCGUGAUGAUGAGGCAGCAAGUAUAUAUAUGCAUGGCUUCUGUAUCGCAUGCAUGUAUUUACGUAUACGGCACCUAGCAGGGGAUGUCGGAUAGGAGAGUGAAUAAGACGUGUCGUGGUAGCGUACAUGUCCAAGCGUGCAUGCAUGCAUGUGCACGCGGGCAUAUGUACCUGGAACUGUGUGUACUUACAGUAUACUCCAGCAGUAUAAUAAUAUGAUAAAAUAUAAUAAUAGUAAGACACUGUCA